AUGGACAAACUUCCGACAGAGCUCAUGCUCAUGAUUUUCUCCCACCUUUCCCAGCGCGACGCUGCAAAAUUGAGAGUUGUGUCACGGAUGUUCAACGCCGUCGGAAUGCAGUAUAGCCAUCAAAAACUCUGCAUUCACAUCUCGCCGGGCCACAUGGACAAAAUUUCCAAAAUCGCCAAUACCAAAGACCUUGCUGAAACUGUCCGUCAUCUUGUCAUUUCCACAAACUACUUAGUCCUUCGAAGACCUUUGAGUUGGGAGUCCUACAAGAAGGAAUAUUUUGACGCCAUGGGUUAUUACUUUGACGAGUCCUUGAGGACCACAGAGAAGGAAGUCGGAAAAAGAUACAGGAAAGAAGAGCGGUACAACGACAGAAUGAGGGAUAUCUGGGGCUUAAAUCUUGACAACACCCUCAGAGUUGUCCUCUCCAGUUUUCCAAAGCUCAAGAAACUGGAGAUCGACGACGAAACAUUGGAGGUGGAUGCUGAUAAUCCUUGGCAAAGACGAAAGACGCGACGUGUCGUCAUGCGCGUCAAUAAACUGACACGCCCCCACUUCACUCUCCUGAAGCAGGGCCACAGCUUGGUUAUGAAUUCCCUGUUCAGAAUUGCUGGUUGCUUGCCUCACUCCCUAGACACGAUGUGCCUUCUCUGUGACGGCAAACCCAGGAGGGUUCUCCCACAGAACCCAAAUCUCUUGCGGAGUAUACGCACGUUGGAGCUCUGUAUUUGUCUCAACAAGCAUUACCAGCUGCCUUUCACAUCGUACAUGAACCUCGAGAAUUUGGUCAUGGUCGGAGCUAUCGAUUACCCAAUUGCAUUGGCCAGUAAGGACGGUACUAGAAUGUCCCAGUUGAAACAACUCCGCCUGGAGCAUUGUAUUCAAGACGGGGUCGACUUUUCAAAGUUCCUAGAUCUGCACACGGAUACUCUUGAGUGCAUUCGCAUGUACAGCAUUAGCAUCGAUGGCAACAGGACAGCAUGGGAAUAUCUCUACCUCUACGUCAUUCGCAAGACUGGAGCGGAACGAAUGGGCAUCGUUGGGGCCAAAUGUUUAUCGGUUCCUUAUGGCCAUCUGCCUAAAGUUGUGCAGCAUUACGCAGCUCUCAGUUGGGAAGGUGCUGAGGCUGCUGGUCGUAAAAUCAGAGAGACUAUUGAAGAGUACACGAUUGCUGUGAGGGAAAAGCGAGUCGACAAAAUCAACAAGUUUGAGUCUGCUAGGCUCAUGAAAAAUAUGCCUUUCAAGCCUCUUCACUGUAUUGUCUAA